UCAUAUGUACGAUACAACCUUCUGAUUUGUUUUCUUUUUCAAAAAUAUAUGUAGUUAAUUUACAUGGAUUUCCUGGAUGUGCCUCGGUCAUUGAUUAGUGAGGAGACGUUCAACUACUCGCUGCCCAGGGCUUGCUUUGUGUGCAAUGCAGAUUUUGAGCUUGUUAAAGAAUUUGACAGGAACAAGCUCACCCUCGAGAAGGUUGAUUUUGGAAAGCGCAAUCAUCGUCCUUUGUCUCAAACGCCAUAUGCAGUACUGAAGGCGGACAAGCAAUGUGAGGGUCAGAAUCAACAUCAUACGGCAAAUAUCACUAAUAGAGCCGACAAAGCCAACACUCAAGUCAGUGUUGAGGGUGAUUUAGGUGCUAAGUUUCGCGUCUCUCUGGAUGAGUGGCUGCAGCCGCUCCCUUCCUGCCAAGAGUUAGAGAUACCUUUGCACUUGAAGCCUAUAUAUGAGAAGCACAAAAAUCUCUAUACGGCAGAGUUGAAGAAUGUUGUUACCUCUUUUGGGCAGGUCCUGCAGUCAACUUUCUGCAAGCGGUUGGGUUUCAUGUUGAUGGAAGCGCACUCCAAUGCAGUGUCAAACCAUGAGCACAUGAUGAAGGUUUUGUCGCUCCAAGAGUCAUUGCAACAAGCAGUGUCGAGCGCACGGGAGCGGUGACUUUUGGCACCCCAACAGCCACUGCAGCAGGCAUUGCUAUCCACUCUUCCAAGUGUCCAUUAUCGGAUCCUGAUUCCCGGGCAGAAGCAGGUGCUGAUGAUCAGAACAAGGCACAACCUGGUGGUGUAGUCGCUGCUCCCAAAGUAGUGGAGACCGGUGCAUUAGGUGAGAAGGUUGGGGUGGAAGCGGAAC